AUGGAUUCAGAAGGAAAGGUUUUUGAAUAUUUUAACUGAGCAAGAGGGGAAGGUGUGAAAUGGAAUAAGGUUGAGUGAUUUUUUAAUAAUAAAAAUGUGACGAUAAGAGCAAUCACAGAAAUCCAGCCUGGAGAUGAGAUAAUUUUUGUACCAAAUUCAUGCAUGAUAAGUAAAGAAAUUGCUGUUAGCAGUGAAGUUGGGAUAAUUUUUACUGAAAAUAAGCACAUAUUUGAGAAUAAUAAUGAGAGAGAUUACGAUUAGAGAGGGUUAAAACGGGGUUUAUUUUAGCUCUACCAGUUGAGCUUAUGUGGCGCUAAGAACUAACGCCCUUUUUCUUCUGGGACUACCAAAAAUGAUGACGUCGCAAGUCUAAUGUGGAGACUCACCCAAGCUUGUUUGGAUCAAAAUUACAGCACAGAACUCUCUUAACCCCUGGCAGUGCUCAGGAUAUGAGGGAUGCGUCUGAUGCUUUCUGGAACUACAUCUGCUAUUUACAGGCAGUAUAAUGCUCCUCCAGAAGUCACCGAUUGAAGUUGCGCUGUCGGUUCUCUUGUCUGUGAAUCGAGGGGAGGCCCAGUGCACACUACCCUAAAAUCGCAACCUGCGGCUCCAGCCCCAAAUUCUUAUUUUGUCGCUCUAGAGGCAACUGACUGCCAUGAUAGCAAUUAUUUUGAAUAAUAAUGAAGAUUCUCAAAUCCUGAUACUGGUGACUUUCUUAAUUUGAGAAAAAUUUAAAGAAAAGAACUCGAAACGAUAUUACUAUAUCAGCUCUCAGCCCAAAACAUUUAAGCUAAUUCAAGAUUGAUCUGAAGAAGAGCUAAAAGAGCUUCAAGACUUAGAUCUCGUUAAGAUGGUAGAUAUUAGUUAG